AUGACCUUCUCGGUCGUUCCAGCGGAAGAGGAGGCUCAUGUUCCCACGGAACCAUGCGCCGAUGUCCAACUAGGUGGUGCUUCCUACUGGGGCGGUAGCGCCGCGCGCAUUGGCGGAGGCUUCACCUCGGGAGAUGUUUAUCCAGCUGCUCACAAAAUUGGUGUUGUCGUCGGGGGUGGCACCUGUUUCACGGUUGGAAUUAUCGGUGGGUUCCAGCCCAGAUUUGUUCCAGGCUCUUCGUUUGGCGGAGGUCCUAGCACAUACGGCAUCGUCACGAGUGCAACAGUCCGCACAUAUCCAGAGACCCCCAUGGUCGCGCUCAUCUUGCAAAUCACCCCACAAGAGGCUCUUUUGGCUGGUGGUGUGCAAGGCUACGCGGGGUGGGCGGCAUGGGAUGAAAAGUCAUCUCUGGGGCCACCGUCUCGUAUGCUUCAGCAGGCCGCGGGUGUUUUCAACCAAACACUCGAACAAGUGCAGAGAACAAUGGAGCCAAUCCUGAAGAAGCUAACAGUAUUUAAAUCCCCGGGAAUUGAUGACUCAGUUGAUUACCUGACUUUUCCCGACUGCUAUGCAUACUUAGCCGGACUGAUACAUUAUGACGCGGAGGUUGGCGGAGGUAUCCUCAUGUCUUCUCGUUUGUUCGAGGAGAAGAAUUCAGCCAAUGUAACGGCGGUACGGCAAAUGGUCGAAGCAAUUGCCGGUCUACCGGGACAGAAUACAUCGGCCGUCAUUUACAUGACUGGCGGUGGUGCCGCGACCAAAGAGUUACCGCGACCAAAGAGUUACCGCUCUCAGGUGUCAACCCCGUGUUCCGCCGAGCGCUACACCGCGGCUGCUCAAAAGGAUAUCACAUACCACAAAGGCAAGGCUCAAGCAGCUUUUGCCCCUGAUACUGGUUCAUAUCUGAACGAAGGCAAUUGGCUUGAUCCUGACUAUCUAACUAACCAGUUCGGAGCUAUUUUGCCUACCCUUGAGGCUGCUAAAAAGAAAUACGAUCCCACAGAUAUCUUUUAUUGCACUACUUGCGUGGGCUCCCAGCAUUGGGAGGAAGAGGAAGAUGGUUACUUGUGUACGGUUAAGGGGAGCUGA